GAAUAUCGUGUAAAUAACGAAUUUGGUUGUUGUUGUUUUUAGGAAAGCAGCCGACUACUCCAACUCCACUCCAACAGUUAACGGAUGAAUUAUUGGACUGUUAAAAGUGUAACGUUUGAAUUUUAAAAGCUAACGUUAUGUCACUAUUCUUUCGUUCAAUACUGGUCAGGAGCCGUUCAGUUUUACGACCGUCCUUUCCUAAAAAGUCUCCAUGCGUUUUAAGAAGGUUAGGUGUAGUUGAGAUUUCGGCGCUGUGCCGACCCUCUACUACCUCAGCUAGCGUUUCUUGUGCUCGCCCACACCCCAAGGUUGUGGAGCAGGAUGUUCAGUAUGAUCCCGAACCCACUCGUGAGUUAACAUCCCCAACCAAUCCAGGAGUUAAAUACGAAGCCAAGGAGUCGCAGUAUUAUCACCAGUUCAUGGAGAAUUCUCCACUCUACAAAGACACAAUUUUUGCUAGAAAAGAUUUAGAAUCGCUUAUCAUCUCGGACAUUGAAAAUGUUGAUCAUCUCUUGCAAAUUGAGGACUGGAAUCAUGCAUCCACAAGUGAGAUUGUGGAUGCUUUCCGCACUCUCACCUCAUAUGCCCGUGCAAAUGGACUCGUUAUAAGUGACCCACAGUUUGAUAACAUUUGCUCUGCUAUAUCAGGUAGAUUUAAGGAGUUUGCUGAUGAUGAAAUGAUAGAAAUUGGAAAAUUACACACUCUUUGGUUAUUUCCUCCCACCUCUACUGAAAAGAAUUAUGAACUUUUACGUCAAAGUCUUGAUGACUUCUACUGUCUGCGCUAUACAAAUGAAUGGUUCCGUACAAGAAAUUACACUAAAAUCUUACAAGCAGCUGAUACACUUUAUUGGCAAAGAUGGGGAGCGAAAAGUCAUUUCUUACGGUUAAUGAUUUAUCAUUUGGGAACAAAGACCCAAGAACAUCAUCAUAUGAUUCAGAUAAUGUUUUACCUGGGACUGAUGAAGCAAAUUCCAGACACUUUCAAGAUGUAUGAUUUAGAAAAAAGAAUUUUCUCAUUCAGAAAUCAGUGUUCUCUCCCAGAAUUAGCAAUUGUUGCAAAUUCAUUAUUUAGAACAAAAUCAAGAUUGCAAUAUUAUCCACUAAUGCAAGAAUUUCUUGUAAAAAGUUUGAAAAGUUUUUCUUUAUUGGAUGACUUUUUGCUGACUACCAUUAGCAAGGGCUGCAAUGAGGCACCUCAAGAACUUAAACCCCUUGUUGCUUUAUUGCAAAAGAGACUCACUUCCAACUUCAAUAAUUUUGGGAUGGUGGCAAUUAUUCAUGCUAUGUGGAUAUUUGUGAAGUGUGGUGUGAUUGAGGAAGAUUUUGCUCAGUUGGUGUAUGAUAAAUCACUAAGCAACUUCAGUAAUCUCAGAACUAAAGAGUUAACAAGGAUUAUGAUUAUGUUUACUGAACUUGAAUCAUCAGAAAGGGAUUUAAAAAAUCUUGGUGAAAAACUUCUAGCAGAGCUUGAAAUUUCACAGAAACAAGAAUGGUUUCAAAAGAAGGAGUUCAUUACUGGUGGAGUUCUUCAUCGCCUUCUCCUAUGUGGUAUCUGUCCACAUGACCGUGUGAAUGAGUAUUUAAAUUUUGUGAACCAACGUAGUGUAUCUAGUCAUUCAAAGAUUGUAGGUGACAAAUCAACAGAAGCACUAGGGAUUGAUGUGCAUUUAGAGGUCUUUUAUCCAAACUACACAGGAACUAGACUGAAACCUGAUCUUCGAGAAGCAAUCUAUAAAUAUCGAUUUGAGAACUGCUCUGAUAAAUUUGUUAAGUCCUGUGGAACAAAAGGUAAACGAUCCAGCUUCAACUUGAAAAGAGUACAAUCGAUUGAAGACAGCCUUCUCAAAGUGCUAGACGGGAGAAAAGAUUAUAUGCUCGUGAAACAGUUGGUACCAUCUUUCGGCUAUAUAGAUGUUGUGCUUCGAAUUUCCCAAGAGGGCUUAUUUCUUCCUAUUCCUGAAGCAAUGAAGUUAUCUGAACGCUGGGAGAUUACGAAAAUACCUAGGCAACAUAUUGAAGAUGGUGACAGAUUUCUUGCUUUGACAUUUAUUGGUCAGUCUUAUGAGUACACCAGCAAAAAAAUAAGUUGCUUUCAGAGGGAGAAGAAAAUGAUUUUGCAAAGCCUUGGGUAUAGGCAUGAAGAUGUGCCCAUAGAUAAUUGGAUCAGAGCAACUUCACCUCAACAGCAAACCAAUCUUAAGACUAUUAUAUCAAAUGCUCUGAAAAAAUAAAUUAAGAACAGAUUCAUAAGUUAAAAAUA